AUGGGACUUGCAUUAGACGGGCUACCUUUGGACAGGGAAGAUUUGAAGAAGGCAGGGCCACUCGUACGAAAAUAUGCUGCGAAGCAAAUUCUGGCACUUUGGCUCAAACAAAGACAUCGAGGAGAUUCCAAUCCACUUUGGGGAGAUGAAAUAGAAUUCUCUCUCCUCGAUUUAGACGCCGAUUCAUCCCGAGCAACAAUGCUCCUGGACCAAGAGCGAAUAAUCAAUAGUUGGGAGAAAAGCCACCUCUGUCAGGACGGCGAGAGAGAGCUAAUCAAUAGCUUCCUUGCUACCCAUCAACAUGCAUUGUCUCUCGGCAUGUUCCCCAGGACCGGUGUCAGUGAUCCAUGGACAAUGCCCAACCCGCCGACUGAACUUCUCUGUAAACGGCCUCGUUAUACACUUCUGGCGAAAAAUAUCGUGAGUCGUCCUCGCGACCGCGUCAAGACAUGGCUUCCAAUAUAUCGGGAUCGGUUGACUCCAGACCCGUUUGUUGAUGACACAGCUCAUGGACAUGAAAAAGAAAACCAUGUCUGUUUGGAUCGAUUGGACAUCGGAAUCGGAUGCUGUAGUAUUCAAACCACUUUCCAGACUGCUAAUGAAGCCGAGGCAAGGUGGCUACAUGACCAGCUAAUGCCGUUGGGCCCUAUUUUUCUGGCCAUGACUGCCUCGACGCCAAUUUGGAAAGGGUACUUAGUCGACAGUGAUUGUCGUUGGCAGAGAUAUGGAGACUUACUUGAUGAUCGUCUGCAAGACGAGAAGGAGUCGAUCCCUGCGCGGUGGACCUGGAAACAAAGUUAUAUUUCGACAGAACAACCUCCAAAUCUCAAAAACGAGCAAUCAUUUCAUCCGAUGGAAAAUGAAGUUCGAGAAUAUCUGAUUGAAGGGGGGAUGGACAGUUUCUUGGCAGAUCAUUUCACAUCAAUCCUCUCGCGGGAUCCUCUUCUACUCACCGAAGCCGACUUGCAAAACUGCGAACCCCCCGACACACGACUCUUCGAGUCCCUUUACGGAUGUGCUUGGCAUCCUGUCCGAUUCAAGCCACCAACCAGCGACCAAGGGCCAGGUUGGCGCGUUGAAUUCCGUCCGAUGGAAGCCCAGCCGACUGAUUUCGAAAAUGCCGCCUUUGCAAUCUUUUCAUAUCUUGUUUCUCGAGCAAUCUCGGUCCUUCGACUCAACUUAUACAUCCCAAUCGAUAGACUUGGUCAGUCUUGGGCAUCUUGUCAGAAGCGUCAUGCAGCCGUCCACGGGCGUUUCUGGUUCCGCAAAUUGGAGUGGCAUUCUAAUUCGGGACGCAUCAAUAAGCAUAUUGCUCGCAUGCUGGGGGUGCAAGGCCAUCAUAAUAUGAUGGGCAAAGACCAGUAUGCUUUAAUGACUGUCGACGAGAUCAUAAAUGGAGAAUGUGCCGUUGACGGUUUUCCGGGGUUGAUGUUCAUGGUAGAAUGCUACUUUGAUUACGUCGGUGUUCCCCAAAAGGAACAGAAACAGAUCUCUCAAUAUCUGGACCUUAUUCGAGAUCGAGCCCGAGGCACAAACCCGACCCCCGCAACGUGGAUGAGAGACUUUGCUGGCAGUCACAAAGACUAUCGGGAGGAUAGCUACGUCAGUGAGGUCAUGUGUUAUGACAUGAUGAGAGCUAUGGUUCAAUUGAACGAGCCAAAGAAUAGAUAG